UUCUGCGCUGGGGGACAGGAGUUUGCUGGCAAGACCUCCUCAUCCAUCUUUUCUUGGUGGUGGAGGGGAAGCAGAGACUGUGGAACCAGUUCAGAGGUCACUGUCCUUUGAAGACAUUGCUGUUCGUUUCACGGGUGAGCAGUGGGCAUUGCUGGAUCCUGACCAGAGAACGGAAGUCAUAGAGGAGAAUCGUGGGAUCAUGGCCUCUCUUGGUGAUGAUGAAUUGGAAAUGAAGAGCAAGGGAGACCACGAUGAUAUUUACACAGGGGAGAAACCAAACGAAUAUUUGGAAUGUGGGAAGAACUUUAGUCAAAUCUCCCAUUCAGCUUCCCAUCAAAGGAAUCCGACUGGGAAGAAAACCUAUCAGUGCUGGGAAUGUGGAAAGAGCUUCAGUCGGAGUGGUCAUCUCAUUAUCCAUGAAAGAAUUCAUACAGGGGAGAAACCAUAUCAGUGUGUGGAAUGUGGAAAAAGCUUCAGUCACAGGUCCAGCCUUACUUCCCAUCAACGAAUUCAUACAGGGGAGAAACCUUUUCCGUGCUUCGAAUGUGGAAAGAGCUUCACUCGGAGCGACUCUUUCAUUUCCCAUCAAAGAAUUCAUACAGGGGAAAAGCCUUUUCGGUGCUUGGAAUGCGGAAAGAGCACGAAAGAAAAAUCAUUUCAGUGCUUGGAGUGUGGAAAGAGUUUCAAUGUAAGAGCCAGUCUCACUUUCCAUCAAAGAAAUCACACAGGGGAGAAACCUUAUCAGUGUGUUGAAUGUGGAAAGAGAUUCACUCAGAAAAAAUGUCUCACUUCCCAUGAAAGAAUUCAUACAGGGGAGAAACCAUAUCAGUGCUUAGAAUGUGGAAAGAGAUUCACUUGGAGCAACUCUCUCACUUCCCAUCAAAGAAUUCAUACAGGGGAGAAACCAUUUCAGUGUGAGGAAUGUGGGAAAAGCUUCGGUAAGAAGGGUGAUCUCACUUCCCAUCAAAGAAUUCAUACGGGGGAGAAACCAUUUCAGUGUGAGGAAUGUGGCAAGUGCUUUGCUCGUAAGGAAUGUCUCACUUCCCAUGAAAGAACUCAUUCCUGGGAGAGCCCUUAUAAAUGCUUGGAAUGUGGAAGGAGUUUUAGUCAGGACUCCUAUCUCAUUUCCCAUCAAAUAAUUCAUACAAUGGAGAGACCAUAUAAAUGCUUGGAAUGUGGAAAGAAUUUUAGUCAGUAUUCCUAUCUCACUUCCCAUCAAAAAACUCAUAGCGGGGAGAAUCACAGUCUCCCAGAAUCAUUGAAUUGUUGCAUUGGAUUGGAUGGUGAGAGUCAUCUGCUCCAACCCCCUGCAACGCAGGAUAUUCAACAAAAGCAUUCAUGACAGAUGACCAUCCAACCUUUGCUUAAGACCCUUCCAAUUCAAGAAGAGUCCACCACCACCUGAACUAGUUUGUUCCACAGUCAAACUGUUCUUACUGUCAGAAAAUUCUGCCUGGUGUUUAAUCAGAUUCUACUUACUUGUAUCUUGAAUCCAUUGGUGUGGGUCCUUCCCACGAAAAAGCAAGUUUGCUUUGUUUGGGUCCUUCCACAGGAGAAAGCACGCUUGCUCCCUCUUCCAUGGCACAGCUCUUUAGAUAUUGGAAGACGGCUAUCCCAUCUCCUUCUCAAUCUU